AUGGAGACAUUCACCAGAGCAGUUCACACCGGAUCUGAGGCUUCAAACUCCAGGUCUACUGCCACCAGACAGCCAACCGAAUACUUCUUCUCGGGUCGCAUUGCAUUCUCCGCGAUCACGGGUGACUAUGAUGACAUCGUCAACUGGUCGCUGUAUCCAUGGGAACCUAGCUUCGAUGGACCCGAUCAUCUCGCUCCUCCCGAUCCAACUACACCUUGGGCUGGCGAUGACAAUGCAAUCAACGAAUACUCCUCGGGUUCGGACUGGCCAGCACAUCGAUCUCCCAUGCCAACGAAGAAAGAGAAAGCGAAAGCGAAAGCUGGUAAGUCAAUGAGCAAUAUCAAUGCAUCAGGCGGUCGUCCUAUCCCAGGCAAGGCUCGAGGCAGUAGACCUCAACUACGCAUCCACACUAACAUUCCUCUUCCAUUGCUCCGCGCAAAAGAAAAUGCUAACGACGGAGUUUCAGCGUCGUCAUUUGCCCAGUUCCGCGAUGAAAUGAAGCGGGUAAUACCCACAAACUCCGCCGCGCAAGGUCGAUAUCCCUAA